GAUAUAUUGCGGGUUUGGUUCCAGACCACUUACUUUAUUAAUUUCAAGUUGUGCUAGUACAACCAUAUAAAUAAUUAAUACCUGAAGUCUAAAUGUAACAUGGACAUUAACAGUGAUGACAGAUAAAUGCAGACGCUUGGGAAUCACAUACUAGGCGAAACACUUUCAAAAAGAAAGGAAUUUAGGAGGUUCUAGUAUUCUCCAUGGCUGAAGCUGAGAGUCUGAAAUCCUGAUGCUUAAGCUCUAUUCUAGAUCAUAGCUCCAACUCCUUCAGGAUAUAAGGAAAAGAGAUAAUAUUUCCACAAUGAUAGAUCUUUGGUUGUACAGGUUUCCCAAUGAGUGGAUCAUGAUGACCGUAUUUUAGGGACUUGCCAUAGUAUGGCUGCUUCCCGAUCUACUCGUGUUACAAGAUCAACAGUGGGGUUAAACGGCUUGGAUGAAUCUUUUUGUGGUAGAACUUUAAGAAAUCGUAGCAUUGCUCACCCUGAAGAAAUCUCUUCUCAUUCUCAAGUACGAUCAAGAUCACCAAAGAAGAGACCAGAGCCUGUGCAAAUUCAGAAGGGAAAUAAUAGUGGGAGAACUACUGAUUUAAAACAGCAAAGUACUCGAGAGUCAUGGGUAAGCCCUAGGAAAAGAAGACUUUCUUCAGAAAAAGAUAAUAUAGAAAGGCAGUCUGUAGAAAAUUCUGAGAAAAGGCAAACGGAACCUGUUUCACCAGUUUUAAAAAGAAUUAAGCGUUGUCUUAGAUCUGAAGCACCAAACAGUUCAGAAGAAGAUUCACCUGUAAAAUCAGACAAGGAGUCAGCAGAACAGAGAAGUACAGUAGUGGACAAUGAUGCAGAUUUUCAAGGGACUAAACGAGCUUGUCGAUGUCUUAUACUGGAUGAUUGUGAGAAAAGGGAAAUUAAAAAGGUGAAUGUCAGUGAGGAGGGGCCACUUAAUUCUGCAGUAGUUGAAGAAAUCACAGGCUAUUUGGCUGUCAAUGGUGUUGAUGACAGUGAUUCAGCUGGUGUAAACUCUGAUGACUGUCAGCCUGAUGGGAACACUAAACAAAACAGCACUGGUUCCUACCCGUUGCAGGAAAAAUCAGUAGCUGAAAAUGGGGAUUCGGACACCCACACUUCAGUGUUUCUUGACAGUAGGAAGGAGGACAGUUAUAUAGACCAUAACGUGCCUUGCACGAAUUCAGAAGUGCAGGUCAAGUUGGAGGACCACAAAAGAGUAACUGCCUGCCUGCCUGUGGAGCCUGUUAAUCAGCUGACUACUGAGCCAGCUACAGGCCCAUUUCCUGAAAUUCAGUCUUUAAGGGAUUCUGAGGAGGAAGUAGAUGUGGUGGGAGAUAGCAGUGCCUCAAAAGAGCAGUGUAAUGAAAAUACCAGCAACGCCCUGGACACAAGACUUGAGAGUAUGCCAGACUCCGGAGAACUGGAACCAUCUUCUAUUCUAGACGGUGUGUCAGCUCAAACGAUGUCUUUAUCAGAACCUCAAGAACAUCGAUAUACUCUGAGAACUUCACCACGAAGGGCGGCCCCUACCAGAAGUAGUCCCACGAAAAACAGUUCUCCUUGCAGAGAAAAUGGACAAUUGGAGGAGAAUAAUCUGAGUCCCAAGGAAACAAAUGUAACUGUUAGUGAUAAUGUAAGUGAGUCUCCCACAAAUCCUGAUGAAGUUUCUCAGAAUGAUAAAAGGAUAUGUUGUGACUCUGAAACUUAUGGGAGUGAAGGACAAAGUAAGCCACCCUCGGAGGCAAGACUCAAUAGUGGAAAUUUGCCAUCUGCCAAAGAGAGUGCCAAUCUGCACAUUACAGAAGAGGAAGAUGAUGAUCCUGAUGUUUAUUACUUUGAAUCAGAUCAUGUGGCACUGAAACACAACAAAGAUUAUCAGAGACUAUUGCAGACGAUUGCUGUACUCGAGGCUCAACGUUCUCAAGCAGUCCAGGAUCUUGAAAGUUUAAGCAGACACCAGAAAGAAGCACUAAAAAAUCCCAUUGGAUUUGUGGAAAAACUCCAGAAGAAGGCUGAUAUAGGGCUUCCAUAUCCACAGAGAGUUGUUCAAUUGCCCGAGAUUGUAUGGGACCAAUAUACCAAUAGUCUUGGGAACUUUGAAAGAGAAUUUAAAAAUCGUAAAAGACAUACUAGGAGAGUAAAGCUAGUUUUUGAUAAAGUAGGUUUACCUGCUAGACCAAAAAGUCCUUCAGAUCCUAAGAAGGAUGGAGAGUCCCUUUCAUACUCUAUGUUGCCUUUGAGUGAUGGCCCAGAAGGCUCAAGCAGUCGUCCUCAAAUGAUAAGAGGACGUCUGUGUGAUGACACCAAACCUGAAACCUUUAACCAGUUGUGGACUGUUGAAGAACAGAAAAAGCUUGAGCAGCUACUCCUGAAAUACCCUCCUGAAGAAGUGGAAUCUCGACGCUGGCAGAAAAUAGCAGAUGAGCUGGGCAAUAGGACAGCAAAACAGGUUGCCAGCCGAGUGCAGAAGUAUUUCAUAAAACUAACUAAAGCUGGCAUUCCAGUCCCAGGCAGAACACCAAACUUAUAUAUAUACUCCAAAAAGUCUUCAACAAGCAGACGACAGCACCCUCUUAAUAAGCAUCUCUUUAAACCUUCCACUUUUAUGACUUCCCACGAACCACCAGUGUAUAUGGAUGAAGAUGAUGACCGAUCUUGUUUUCAUAGCCACAUGAGCACUGCUAUCGAGGAGGCAUCAGAUGAGGAAAGUAUUCCUAUUAUGUAUAGGAAUUUACCUGAAUAUAAGGAACUAUUACAGUUUAAAAAGUUAAAGAAGCAGAAACUUCAGCAAAUGCAAGCUGAAAGAGGAUUUGUACAACACUUGGGCUUCAAGUGUGAUAACUGUGGCAUAGAGCCUAUCCAGGGUGUUCGGUGGCAUUGCCAGGAUUGUCCUCCAGAAAUGUCUUUGGAUUUCUGUGAUUCUUGUUCAGACUGCCUACAUGAAACAGAUAUUCACAAAGAAGAUCACCAGUUAGAACCUGUGUAUAGGUCAGAGACAUUUUUAGACAGAGACUACUGUGUGUCCCAGGGCACCAGUUAUAAUUACCUUGACCCAAACUACUUUCCAGCCAACAGAUGACAUGGGAGAGAACACCGUACACUAGUCCUCUUCAACACAUAGCAGUGGUCUCAUUGUGAGUUAUGUGCACAGUUUGGAAAGGUUCUCUGCUUUCCCUGAAUGACACUCACAGCAUGACAGCUUCCUGAGUGUUCUCGUCCAGUCCAGCUCUGCACCGUGUGGCUCCAGAUCGCUGCUCAGCAGCUGAACAUUCCUGGUGAGCAAAGGGUUUCCUUGGUGAGUCUCUCACCCCCACCUUCCAGUCUCCGAGGUGGCACUUAAAUAGGUGAGAUGGAAAUGAGAGCACACAUUAAAACGUGAGUCAAUUCCAAAGGUUUCAAAGAACUUGGUCAUAAAUACGGUAAUGAGAAGACGAAGUAUUUAUAUUAAAACAGUUUAGUAGCUUUCAGUUUUGUGAAAAUAGUCUUCAGCACAGAAACUGACUUCUGUAGACAAAGUUUUAACCAAUGAAGGUGUUUGCUUCUAGAAUAUACACUUUAAAAGAACUCCCCGCCCCAGUGGUGGCCCCUGACGGCCGUUAGUAAAUUGGAGCUGCUUAACCAUAUUGAUGUCUAAUGUCUUUUAACCACAAUGAACUGUCCUUACCAACACGAAGCACUACAGGAGGCAGCGGCCACAUCGCUUCCUUAACCAGCUCAUGGUGUGUGAAUGUUAUAAAAUGGUCACUCAGAUAUAUUUUUUAAAUGUAAUGUUAUAUAAGAUGAUCAUGUGAUGUGUACAAACUAUGGUGAAAAGUGCCAGUGGUAGUAACUGUGUAAAGUCUUUAAUUCACAACAUUAAUUCCUUUAAAAUACACAGCCUCUGCCUCUGUAUUUGGAGUUGUCAGUACAACUCAUCAAAGAAAACUGCCUAAUAUAAAGAUCAUAUAUAUGGUAAUAAUUCCCUCUUUUGUAGUCUGCACAAGAUCCAUAAAAGAUUGUAUUUUUAUUACUAUUUAAACAAGUGAUUAAAUUUAGUCUGCGCAGUGAGCAAGGGUUCACAUGCAUUCUUUUAUACUGCUGGAUUUUGUUGUGCAUCAUUUACGACAUUUUGUAUGUUUCUUCUUAUCUGUGUAUACAGUAUGUUCUUGAAUAAUGUUCACUUGUCAGGAGAACUGUGAGAAAUAAACUAUGUGGAUACUGUCUGUUUAUAUUAUA